UUUAAGUUUUGUGUUUCAAAUAACAUACCCGGCACAUGCGAUUACAAUGUUCACAUGAACCAACAAGUCAUGAGACAUCCUAUAUUAAUAUGAUCCUUGAAAAUUUUAUUUCAUGGACUAUUUUUUUUUACAAAACAUGGUGGGGGGAUGGUUUGAAAACAAGAAUUCAAUGCUUAUAAGAAAUUCAUUGACUUCUAUUCGUUUGAAGGAGUGGAUGUGAAUAUGUCGGACAAUGCGGGUUGGACUGCCCUCCAUGAAGCAGCCAACCAUGGACAUGUACAGUGUGUGAGGGAACUGCUCACAUUCCCCAACACCAUACAGGGGGCCUUCAACAGAGGUACCUUAAAGAAAUUGGACCUUUUGGCAUGUAACACGGAAGGAAUCACACCUCUCCAUGAUGCUGUCCUAAAUAACCGUGUUGAAUGUUGUCACCUCCUGCUCAAACACGGUGGACCCCGCCUACUGGAGGCCCGCACAUGUCUCAAUUACACGCCCUUGGAUUUAGCUGAGUCUCAAGAAAUGGUUGACCUGUUGUCUUCCUUUGUCACUACAAGGCGGCACCUAUCUGAGAGUCAGGGGUCAUUUUCACCAUCACAGGGGUCCAGCCAGUCUUCAGAGGAGAGUCUGGGUGAGUGUCCGGCAGAUGACCACUAUGACCAGCUAUUGCAUGUAGACGGACACAGACUAUAUACUGACACUGACCAGCUCCACAUCUACAUCCAUCUUAUGUUCACACUUACUUACAAGUACAUGCUCACAGACCCCACCCUUAAAAACAUACUGCAAGCCAAUCGGAGCUUUGAGUCUAAAUCCAUGUGUCAGAAAUGUGCUUCAUUAGCUACCAAGGAUGAAUUGAGCAUUCAGAAUGAGUUUACAUCUGGAACUGUUACAUGUAACCAGUCAGAUGUCACAGAUUCUAAACUGACUGGUUUAAAAAAUAGUUCCAAAACCAUUCAGUGUUCUGAGUGCCAGAGGAAGCAUUUGAAAUUGGUAUUGAAACAAACUGGUUACCAUGAAAUGUGUUCAGGGGAGACUAAUAGAUGCGUGAGAAGGGAAGUUGGUGUAGUGUUAAAUAUUGACAGAUACAUUGAGUCCUUUGAGAAGCAUUUAUUGAAAAUAUGUAAACCAGGUUCAGAAGAUUCAAUAAAGGAGAAGUUAAAGUUGUUCGCUGUGAUAUGAGAAUAUAUCUGUACAUUUUUUCUUGUUGAUUGUUACUGUUAAGAUGUUUAUGAAAUGUGUGCAAUCAUGUGAUUGGCUUUCACAGUUUAUUACAAGUGGUACAUUGUAGUUCCAUUUUAGAAUGUCCUAUAUAAAUCUAAUAUCAAUUCUCCUUCAAGAUUUUCCUGUACUUUCUUCAUAUUUUUUUUAUCAUAAUCUGUAUACUGCUAUGCUACUGGCUAUGACAAAGUACGGUUAAGGUGCCCCAGCUGUUACUUAAGCCAAUAAUAAUAAUAGCUAACUAAAACUUCUCAAAGAUUUAUAAGUUGUAAGUAAAAUUACGGGGACUUUUAUGGAACCCUUUUAUAUGUCCCUCAUCUCAUUCACAAACUUUAUACACAACAACAGAGUUGAAGGUAAAACAUUUAUUAUUAUUAUAUUUAUUUAACAACAACAAAUCCAAUAUUCAAAUACUGAUCUUGACAUUCGAAUACCAAAGAUUUGAUCGAAUAUUCGUUUAUAUCCCUAGUUAAUACACAGCAGAGCCUAGCAGUUGUGUGAUAAUUGGCCCGAGUGGCCCGAGAUGUAGUCUAGGGACAUUAUGCGCACGAGGGACAAUUAUUACGCUGCAGUCCGAAUCUGCCAUGUUUUAACCUCUUUAAUACAGGUGUUUCUUCUUUCUUAGUCUACUAUAUCUUUAUACCAGUUUCCCUCCGCUCAUGCUGUAUUCCUAUCACCUGCUUUUAUGAAGACGAGUAAACAUAUUUUGGGGUAAUAAUGAGACACUUGAGCCAAAUAUAAUGCAACAGCCAAACAUGUAUUACUAUAUAAAUGUUAUAUGUAAGCUGUAUAUGCUGUAAGUGUCUUCAUAGCUAACAUAAACUUGUAUAUUUGCCUUCAGCAAUUGGUCAAUGCUUUAUACAUGUAAUUAUGCUCGAGUGACAAAGCAGUUGUAUAACAUAACAUUUUUUUAAAGGCAUGUAUUUGCUGAUAUUGCCAAUAAAAUGAAACUGUAAAGAGGUAAAUGUUUUAAAUACAGUAUGCAUGUAUUGCCAAAAAUUAUAUCAUUGUUACUUUAGUUUCUCUGGCAUUGUUGCUUUCGUUUUUUAAACCCUGCUUAUGUGUUGUUGUUUUUUCGUUUUUAAAGCCAGAAAAAAUUGUUUUCAAUGAAAUGCUGAUUUGAAACACUGAUUAUGGAUUAUUCUUUUCAUUUAGGUUCCUUGAAAACUUGACAACAUUUGUCCUUAUUUAGUAAAAUAUAUGUUCACAGUAUACUUCACCAUAUUGGAAAUGCUUGAACUACUUUAUUUGACCAAAAAACCCUCCCCGUUCUCUCUCUUCACUUUUUAUUGUGAACCUACAGCUGAAAUUGCCUUGUUCCAUUAUUGAUUCAGUUUUGGGAUAAUGAUGGCAAUCAGUUCUAAUAUAUUUGGUUCAAGUAUUGUUAAUCAUAAUUAUUACCAUCAAUUUAUAGGUAAGUUAUCAUGUUGUGACAAAACUACAUCUGUUUAUGAAUACAUCGGGCUUUUUAGUCCACAGUUGUCUUGGAUAUAACCUAAAUAUAUGUCGGCAACUCUAGCUCAUUUCAUGUUGAAUUUGAGAAUUUUGCCAUUAAACAUUAUCAAAAAACCUGGUUAUAUUCCAACAGGAGAAUAGUUUAACAUAUUUGACACUAUGAUUAAACCUAUAUGAUGUAACAGGUCCCAGAUAUGGGGGUUAUGAUUUCUGCCCCUACCGUUGAAUACCGGUAUAUACAAAAAAAUAAAAUUGCAUAAACAAUUUUUGUAUAGACAUGUAUGAUUCUUGAGAGUCUGGAAGACUGGCAUUCCUUGUACCUUAUUUUUAUAAUUGCAUGAGAUAUUUUGGUAAAUUGUUACAACUGCCCAAUACCAGGUAUCCUAAGUAGUGAUAAUUAAUACUUCACUUAGACAAAAGUUUGACAAAAUUGUUGGGUUACAAAUGUUAAGAAUUUACUAUUUUCGUAUGGCAUUAUAUAUAUACAGGAACUGACUGGAGUUGCCAUUUAAUCCAAAUUUUAUUAAAUGAAUCCAAGAAAUUUGUUAGUAAGUGAGCCUUAAGUCUUUUUUACACAUGUGUAAGAUAAACAUUUUCAUAAUGCGUAUAUUACAUGGAAAAAAAAAGGUUAAGCAUGUUUGAAUGGAUAUUUCAAGACAGUUAUGAUGAAAAUAUAUAUCAUAAUAUUUUUAAACAGUACUUAUUGAUUGUUUUAAUCAGAUUUUGUACAAAUCUAUAAACGUUUCAAGUUGAUGUUUUUCAUUAUUAAUAUUUUUUAAGACAUUGUUAAAUUUUGAGCUUUAUAAUCUAUUAGAAAUGCCCUUUAAACAUAAGAGAGAAUUCUGGUAAUGUUGAUGUUCAAAAAAUAAAAUUUAAUAAUUAUACCCGGUAAUAUCUUUAUUUUAAGAAGGUAACACAUAAUGACAUAAUUACAGUGUGAACGAUAAAACCUAAUAUUUUCAAUAUAGCCCUCUAAAUAAUAAAAAAAAGAAAGAUUUGAAAUGAAUUAAAAAACAUUUCACACAUGAACUCGAUCAUUCGAAUGAUAAAACAGCUGUGAUUGGCACACAUAUGUUGGUAAUAGUUUCUGUUAUAGUUUAUUAUUUAAAAUAUUACCACAAGGGUCAAUCCUGUGUGUGUUUGUGUAUUGUCAAGAUAAUGAAAAUAAUUCCAUUUUAGACUGUGAAUACCAAGCAUUUUUUGAUCAGUAAAAAUAGUGAUGUAUGUACACAAUACUUUUUUAAUUGGAAAUGUAAUGACCAUCUAUAUUCUUUCGAAAUGAAACCAUUCAGAAACAUUAAACUGAUUAAUUUCUAAUGUAUAAAUUAUAAAAGUUUAAGAGAAAUAGUUUUGUUUAAUAGAUCCAUGUUCAGGAUUAAUAUGUUUUUUAUUGAACCAUUGGCCUGACACAACUUUUCAUGUUGUAUGCUUUGGUCUUUUAUACCAAUUAAGGAAUUGACUUGACUUUGCAAAUGGGUGUGAAGCCUUCAUUAUACCUAGCCAACAUAUUUGGAAUGUAGUACUUAGCCACUGCAUACUGAUACUAAUAAAUAUUAU